AUGCCCAUAGCCGCCAUACCUAUACCCAGUCUAAGACAAGACCCUUGGAUUGUGGACGCGGACAACGACGAGUUCUACAUAGCUCUGUCCACUCCGUCGCCCUCCGUCCCUGUGGCCGAGUCGUUUCCAACCACCACAACGCCUUCAUUAGCAAGUGUCCUUAGUCGAAAGAGACGCAGUUGCGUGAAACUGGCUUGUUCGCCCUGUGCCCACUCCAACCCUAAUGGGUCUUUCAUGUCAUGUUCAUCCUCGUAUAUGGAAACGAGCUGUUUUGACGACGACACAUCCGUUUCCUCUGACUCGAGUCUUCUGAGUUGCUCUUCGUCGCCUAAGAGAAAAAGCCCGCAAUUAUGGCUCAAUGUUGAUGACCACCCACUGUCUAGCGACGAUUGGCACCUGGAUGAAGAAGCAGAGGCCACGCUUUCCACACAACAACCACUCAGAAAGCGGGACCAGUUUGUCUCCAAGCUGAGCAGCUCGCUGAAAUCCAUCUCAAAUUUCGCUAACGCGUUUACUACUUCCGCAGAGCGCAACCAGCGCAUUAUAUCAACAUACCAGGCCAUGGCCAACGACAACAGGCUACCCUUGGCCAUCCAAAAGCAGGCGGACGAGCCUAAACCAAUCAUGAUGAAGACGUUUCGCACAGAGGAACUACAGCAUUCCCACCCUACACAGAAAACGGUUGCACCAGCAACCCCCACCAGCUUCACUCGCUCCAGAGAACCCAGAAUCAACUCCAGUUUCUUGCGAGUUUAUGCCCUGGAUUACUCGUCUAAGGCUAUUGGCCUGUUGAAUGUGACUGAAGACGAAAUCGAUCUCUAUCAGCAAUGUAUUGAGCAGAAACAGUGCCUACAGUCCAUUCCUGACACUGAUAGUUUGAGUUCUGACGAUUCGCUUGAUUCCUAUGAAUCGGACGACCAGCAUUAUCUGCCCUAUCACAUCUACCAGAAACGUGACGAGCUCAGACUUGCUCUUAUGUCACGCGAAAAGCUCUGGUCCAACGUGAUACUACCCCCAAGAGACGACCAAUUUGCUGAUUCAUCGCUAUUCAAAUCCAAAUACGCAUGCUUAAGUGAGGUGGGUGUUUCCAACUCACGCACUCGCAUGAACUCCUCCAUUUUACCCUGGAUCAAUUACUCGCAGUCAAAAAUGGGCUCCAAUGGAUGCUUACGUCCAUAUGGUACCAUUGGCGACACUCAGUUUGUUGUCAAAGGCUGGGUCGACCAAAGAUGGGCCGAGUCAGCUUAA